AGCAGCUCGCAUGGGGGAGUCCAUCCCGCUGGCCGCCCCGGUGCCGGUGGAGCAGGCGGUGCUGGAGACCUUCUUCUCGCACCUAGGCAUCUUCUCGUACGACAAGGCCAAGGACAAUGUGGAGAAGGAGCGCGAAGCCAACAAGAGCGCGGGGGGCAGCUGGCUGGCGCUGCUGGCCGCCCUGGCCCACCUGGCCGCUGCCGAGAAGGCCUAUCACAGCCUUACCUACCUGGGGCAGAAGCUAGGUGGGCAGUCCUUUUUCAGCAGAAAGGAUUCCAUCCGGACCAUUUAUACCUCUCUGCACAAUGAGUUGAAGAAGGUGGUAGUGACUGGCCGUGGUGCUGCUGGGGGCACUGUUCCUCACUUGGAAGAGCUCCUGUCCCAUUUGUCCGAGCAGCUCUGUUUCUUUGUUCAGGCUCGAGUGGAAAUUGCUGACUUCUAUGAGAAGAUGUACACCCUCAGCACUCAGAAGUUCAUAAACUCUGAAGAGCUAGUCAGCCUUUUGGAGUCCAUCCUAAAGAAAUACAGCUCCAGAUUUCACCACCCAAUUCUCAGCCCCUUGGAGAGCAGUUUCCAGCUGGAAGUUGAUGUCCUGGCCCAUCUCUUAAAGUCCCAGGCUCAGAUCUCUGAGUGGAAGUUCCUCCCCUCCCUGGUCAACUUACACAGCGCCCACACCAAGCUGCAGACGUGGGGCCAGAUCUUUGAAAAGCAGCGGGAGACUAAGAAGCAUCUGUUCGGCGGGCAGUCUCAGAAGGCUGUCCAGCCCCCGCACCUCUUCCUCUGGCUGAUGAAACUCAAGAACAUGCUCCUUGCCAAGUUUAGCUUUUAUUUUCAUGAAGCCCUGAGCCGCCAAACAACCGUGUCGGAAAUGAAGGCACUGACUGCGAAAGCCAAUCCUGACCUUUUUGGGAAGAUCUCUAGCUUUAUUAGGAAGUACGAUGCUGCCAAUGUGUCUUUGAUCUUUGACAACAGAGGGUCUGAGAGCUUCCAGGGGCAUGGUUACCAUCACCCUCAUUCCUACCGAGAGGCCCCAAAGGGAGUGGAUCAGUACCCAGCUGUGGUAUCCCUGCCCAGUGACAGGCCUGUUAUGCACUGGCCCAAUGUUAUCAUGAUCAUGACUGAUCGGACCUCUGACCUGAACACCUUGGAGAAAAUUGUCCACUUCUACGAUGACAAAGUCCAGAGCACCUACUUCCUGACCCGCCCAGAGCCUCACUUUACCAUUGUUGUCAUUUUUGAGUCUAAGAAAUCAGAAAAAGAUUCCCAUUUCCUCUCCUUCCUCAAUGAACUCUCACACGCCCUGAAAAACCCCAAAGUAUUUGCAAGCCUGAAACCUGGAUCCAAAGGGUAGUAGGCUUAUUGGAGUGACAGUUUCUCAAGGAUGAUUAACAAGACUGCUGUAAUUUUUGGUGAUUCAGGUCACAUCCGUUCAUGAUUCUUUAAAAGCUAAAUUAAAGAAAAAUUGUCAUGACAUAUAUUGCACAUUUCAUAUAUAAUUAUGGCCAUUUAAGUUAAAUAUCCAAAGAUAGCUAUAGGAAGUGAUCAUGGGUACUGUGUGUCUCUGUGUUGGACAGAGUGAUCUCAGUGUUUUUUCCACAUUUUCCUGAGUUUUGUGUGAUUUGAGUAUUUAUUGGUUCUUGACUUUGUGAGGCAGGAGGUAAUAAAAAGGGGCAGGGUGAGCAUGUGUGUGUGUGUGAGAUAUUCCUGCUAGCUGCUAUAUCUUCUAGUCCUUGAAUUCUGGUGCAAUGUUUUUUUUUGUUUGUUUUUUUUUUCUUGUUGUAUUGAAAAAGUAAUUAGGAUGGAGAAAAUUAAAUGGCCUUUAUAGAAUUCACUACCAUAUGAUUUCUGUCAAGAAAUCUCCAGUCAGCAAAAGGGUUAUGUUUGGGAUUCUAAUUUAUUAAAUGAUCUUUUAUGAUGCCCAAAUGAUGAGCACAAUACUCUCAUUUUUAAAAGAAUUAUUUAAUCAAGUUUUAUCUUGGUAAUUUUUUGUUUUUAUACCCCAGUCAUUUUUGCGUACCAGAGAGAUUCCUACUUCAGAGAGAGGUUUACUCUCACACUUCUGAAAUUGAAUAAUCCCCUGUAACAACAAUAAAAACCUAGUUAAAAAUAAC